AUGAACGGUGAAACGGCUCCUGAGGGUUACGAGGUGGAAAAAUGCGGGGAAUGCGAAGCGGUCGAUGAGGGGCAAACGACGUCUCUCGAUGUAGACGAUCCACUGAACGUCUUCCGAAUGCCAAAAAAGAUGACUUUAGCAGAAAAAGUGAAAAAUACCGAUGAAGUUAUAGCGAAAAAUUUACGAUUUUGGAGAGAAACUCUUGAAAAACAGAAAAUUACGAAAGUUCUCGCACCGAUGGUUGAUCAAAGUGAGUUGGCAUUUCGAUUGUUCACUCGAAAAUACGGAGCCCAGCUGACAUUCACACCUAUGAUUCACGCUCAUUUAUUUGUGAAUGAUGGAACUUAUCGUAGAAAUUCUUUGGCAUUGGUCAAAGCGGAUCGGCCUCUUGUUGUGCAGUUUUGUGCCAACAAAGUCGAAACAUUCCUCGCUGCUUGCCGACUGGUUGAAGACGUUUGUGAUGGAGUUGAUUUGAAUUUAGGAUGUCCUCAAAUGGUUGCGAAACGUGGUCGAUAUGGUUCGUGGCUUCAAGAUGAAGUUGAUUUGAUUUGUGAAAUGGUUUCGGCUGUUAGGGAUUACUGUAAACUGCCAGUUUCAUGUAAGAUACGAGUCAGAGAUGAUCGGCAGCAGACAGUGGAAUACGCGAAUCGAUUGGUUGAUGCAGGGGCGACGAUGUUGACAGUCCAUGGUCGUACACGAGAUAUGAAAGGAGCUGAGACGGGUUUAGCAGAUUGGAGUCGAAUUCGAGAUGUGGUUGAAGCAGUCGGAUCGAGAGUACCCGUAAUGGCGAAUGGAAAUAUCCAGUUUCCCGGAGACGUCGAGAGGUGCAUGGAAGCGACUGGAGCAGUUGCAGUCAUGUCAGCCGAAGGUCUUCUUUACAAUCCAUUGAUUUUUGAUGACUCAAAUGCUCAUAUCGACACGUGGAAGAUUGCUGCGGAAUACCUGCAAUACGCUAAAAAGUUCCAUGCAGGAACCAGUGCGAUUCGAGCUCACGUCUUCAGAAUUUGUCAUCAUAGUCUCCUAGAAUACGAGGAUCUCCGAAUGCGCGUCUCAUUAGAACAUCGAGUCGAAGAUUUUGAAAAUAUUGUUGAGGAACUUGGAAAACGAGCGACGGCGGAUGCAGAUGCUGGGAAGGAACGAGAGGAGGAGGCGAGGAAGUUGUUUGAGUUGAUUAGAAAUGGAGAGCUGAUGGACGCUAUUGAGGUCUCAAAACAGCCGCAUUGGAUUUCAAAACCAUACUUUAGGCUGAAGGAAGUUGCAAAGGAAUCAAUUGUCGGGGAAGGAGAGAAGACGUUUAGAGAGAAACAGAAAGAGAAAUUGGCUCAAACUGCAAAAGAAAUGGGUGUCUCUAUGAAACAAGCCCGUAAACGAGAACGCCGCCAGCUAGCAGGCGCCCGAAUAAUUGAAGCCAAAAGAACGAAGUUCCCUCCAUGUGCCAGAUGUAAACAGCCUGCCGGGCAAGGAUGCACUAUGAGCAAAUGCAAAAAGUGUUGUAGAUAUCAGUGCAAAAACGAGAAACUGGAUUGUAAAUCCCAUCGCUAUCUCUUCGCUAGUCAACCAUCGGAAAAUAUCCAAGAAAUUUCUACUUGA